GCAACCUCAGGAUGAAAUCAGUCAAUUCCUUCAUCCUCCUCUUUCUUGCUUUUCCUUUGAUUUCAGCCUCAGAUUAUAACUCUGCUGGAAACAAUGAAAAUGAAGCACCAUCCCUUAUUGUUCCGACAUUGCUGGAUAGCUUACCUUCAGAAGAUGACUUGCUGUCUUUUGUUUACUAUCAUCAAAGAUGUCCUGAAGCUGAAGCCAUCAUCAAUAGAAAAGUUAGAGAAUGGGUUAACAAAGACUACACCCUUGCUGCCAGUCUCCUCAGGCUUCACUUUCAUGAUUGUGCUGUUAGGGGAUGCGAUGCCUCCAUUCUCUUGAACUAUGAGGGAAGUGAAAGGACGGCAGACGUAAGCAAAAGCCUAAGAGGAUUCGACGUGAUUGACGAUAUCAAAGCAGAGAUUGAGAAGAAAUGCCCGAAAACGGUCUCCUGUGCCGACAUUCUUACAGCAGCUUCUAGGGAUGCUACAGUUUUUCUUGGAGGUCCUUACUGGACGGUGCCGUAUGGAAGGAAAGAUGGGAAGAUUUCUAUUGACAAGGAAGCCCAAUUGGUGCCAAUGGGUCUAGAAAACAUUACUACUCUCAUCGAGUUCUUCCAAUCUCAGGGCCUUGAUGUGCUUGACUUGGUCGUUCUCUCAGGAGCACAUACCAUUGGGAGGGCCACGUGUGGAACAAUACAACAUCGGCUAUAUAACUUUGAAGGAACAGGAAAACCAGAUCCAUCUCUUGACGCCAAGUAUUUAAACUUCUUGACAAGGAAAUGCAGAUGGGCCUCUGAGUACGUUGAGCUUGAUGGCAUAACUCCGAAGACCUUUGAUGCUGAGUACUACAACAAUCUCCAGAAAAACAUGGGACUUCUCUCCACAGAUCAAUUGCUAUUUUCUGAUCCAAGGACUGCUCCUCUUGUUAAUACUUUUGCUUCUGCACCUUCUGUCUUCUAUCAUCAGUUUGGGGUUUCCAUGGCCAAGCUUGGCAAUAUUCUUGUCCCUUCUGUUCAAGACCAAGGAGAAAUUCGAACCAUUUGCUCUUCCGUCAAUUCUUACACAAACUAGGUGUUUUUCUUCUUCUUCUUCUUUUUUUUUU